AAGUGCAGAGUAGCUGCAAAAGUAGUAUAAGGCUCACAAGUCGCAACUCUCAAAUCUCAAUAAUCGACUUUGUUGUUCAUUGCAGCUACCAUCUCCACUCUCAUAUUCCCAACAUCAUGACAAUCUCAUCGGAUCACAUAAAACAUGUCGCAGUUUAUGUUUUUCCCUUUGGAAGCCAUCCUGUUCCUCUCUUAAACCUUGUACUCAAACUAGCACAUGCAUCACCAAACACACUUUUCUCAUUCAUUGGAACCCAACAAUCCAAUAAACCUCUUUUCUCAAAACCCAACAUCCCCAAUAACAUCAAACCUUUUAGUAUUGAUGAUGGUGUUCCAAAGGGUCAUGUACUUGGUUCCAACCCAACUGAAAAAUUGAACCUUUUUCUUCAAGCUGGUCAUCAAAAUCUUCAAAAGGGAAUAGAUUUAGCAGUUGCAUAUACAAAACAGAGAGUCACAUGCAUAAUUUCUGAUGCUUUUGUUGUUCCUUCAUUCUUUUUAGCUCAAAAACUAAACGUUCCAUGGAUUCCAAUUUGGCCUCCUUUGUCAUGCUCUCUCUCUGCACAUUUCUACACUGAUUUGAUACGCCAAAAUAUCGCUGAAAACAAUGAAAAAGAUAGAGUUUUGGAUAUUCUUCCUGGUUUAUCUAACAUGAGAGUUGGAGAUUUGCCUCAAGAUGUAACAGAUGGUGGUGAAGAUGAGCCACUAUUUUCGAAGACACUUGCUUUAUUAGGCAAAGUGUUACCUCAAGCUAAGGCAGUGGUUAUGAACUUCUUUGAGGAAUUAGAUCCACCUUUGUUUGUUGAAGAUAUGAGAUCAAAGUUAAAGUGUCUGCUUUAUGUUGGUUUUCUCACUUUUUCACUACCUUUACCACCUUUGCCACCUUCUGAGAGUGAUGAGACUGGUUGUUUGUCAUGGUUGGACAAACAGAAAGAUAGAUCAGUUGUUUAUGUUAGUUUUGGAACUGUGGUGACACCACCACCAAAUGAACUUAUUGCAGUGGCAGAAGCAUUGGAAGAAAGUGGAUUUCCAUUUCUUUGGUCUCUUAAGGAUCAUUUGAAAGGACUUCUUCCAAAUGGGUUUCUUGAGAGGACUAGUGAUUGUGGAAAAAUUGUUUCUUGGGCACCUCAAGCUCAAGUUUUGGGACAUGAUUCUGUUGGAGUGUUUGUGACUCACUGUGGAUGUAAUUCUGUUUUUGAGAGUAUUUCAAAUGGGGUGCCUAUGAUUUGCAGGCCAUUUUUUGGAGAUCAUGGGAUGACUGGAAGAAUGGUUGAAGAUGUUUGGGAGAUUGGUAUGAGGAUUGAGGGGGGAGUGUUUACUAAAAAUGGAUUGGUGAAGAGUUUGAAUCAGAUUUUGGUGAGGGAAGAAGGGAAUAAGAUGAGAGAAAAGGCUCAAAAGGUGAAGAGGACUGUGCUUGAUGCAGCUGGACCACAAGGUAAAGCAGCACAGGAUUUCAAGACUUUGGUGGAACUAGUUUCUAGCUCUUAAUUAGUUACAAGUUGAGAGUUAUUUGGGUGUUUUUUCUGUGCUUUUUGUGUUUUAUGCAAAUUAUUAGGGUGAUAUAGUGCAAAGUAAAAGACAGGGCAAUUAAUCUUGGAAUAAGGGAUGCAUAAAGUUACUACUAUUAACUUUCAUUAUUUUUUUAGUGAAUUAAUUUACUCUUUUAUGUCAUUAAAUAUAAGCAAAUUUGGAUUGACAAAA